AUGUCGACCGCGUUAUACACCGAUCGUACCCCGCUGGACGAGCGCCGGCAAAGCCAUGGCGAUGAGGACCAAGCCCUGGACGCAGAGGAGGAGAAGGGAAGACUGCUCGACGCCGCCUUCUUCAAGGACUAUCUCCACGCUUCCGACCGCCGCCCCACCAAACUUCCAUGGAUCGUCGCGAGCGUGACUACCAUUCUUCUCGUGGCGUCUCUUAUAUUCAACGUGCUGCAGUGGCGGACGGACGAACGUUGCAUCUUUCCAACAGAUCUCCCAGACAGCCGGAAAGCAAUUGAGUACGAGCAGCGCACGUUUACCGGAGCUCUGAUGUACGAUCCGGACCAGCAGAAGAUGUUCCGCCACAAGGACGCGGAAGUGGAAUACUUUGGCGAACCUUCCCAAGAGCUCGACGAUGCAUGGAGCGACAUGAUGAGAGAUCGCAUCUCGACUGCAGACGAGUUCCCGCCGAUGACAGAGGAGGAAGCUGCUCCUUACCUGCCCGAGCUCCAUCCUCUGCCUUGGGAUGGGCUCUAUCAUUUCGAGCCGGACAUGUUCCAUUCCUUACACUGCCUGAACGAAGUCCGCACGCGCAUGGCCAAGGUUCUCUAUCCCAAUGCCACCUACAAGGGCCACGAUCAUCACUACGAGAAAUUCGACUCGCGGUGGGAUGAUACCGCGCAUCUCGAGCACUGCAUGGAUCGCAUUCGCCAGGCCAUCAUCUGCUUCGGCGACAUGACGCCUAGCCCGAUGUACCACUGGGACGGAUUCAACAUUGCGCUUGGUAGACCGGGAGCACACACCUGUCGCAAGUGGCAGCCCAUUCGCGACUGGAUGGACGAGCGAAAAGGGGGGCCGGGGACAUGGACGCCGGCCGAAUUGAAGCAUACGGAGCAUCGCGAAUAG